AUGGAGCCCGGACCAUCAGACUCGACAAGAAAACCUCCACCACCUUUACCUCCAAGGCCAACUGGUGACCUUAAUCAUGCUCCAAUGGGAAGCAAUGGAAUGUAUGGACCAUCAUUUGGAGCACCGAUGAGCUAUGGAGUUGGCUAUAGUGGAUACAAUGGAAUGUACGGUGGCGGAAUGGGUGGGAUGUACAACAGCUAUGGAAUGGGAGGCUAUAGUGGAUAUGGAUAUGGACAACAAAUGGAUGGGAAUUUCUCGAGAUUGGCUGAAGAAUCUUCUCGUGGAGCUUUUCAAUCCAUCGAAUCCGUGGUGAAUGCAGUGACCUCAGUAGCCAAUAUGCUUUCCUCAACUCACAACGCAGUCUACAGUUCUUUUAGAGCCGUGAUAGGAGUGGUUGAUCAAUUCUCUCGCCUUAAAUUUCAAUUCUCGAGUCUUCUUGCCUCCAUCGCCGUCUUUCGAUUCCUUCAAAAACUCUGGCGAUAUCUUCUCGUAUUGUUGCGAUUGAAGCCUGCAAAUUAUGCAAGUGCUGCGGAAAUGGCUUGGUCAACAGCUCAAACUCCGAUAGGAGCCGAUUCGUUGGGCGGUCCAUCUCCUCCAGUCAACUGGCCAGCUCUAUUCUUUUGGGUGGUCGCUCUAGGUUUCCCCUACAUGAUUUACAAAUGUGUGAGUCGAAUGGUUCAAUCGGCUGAAGAAAAACGAGUCUGGGCCACUGGGGCAGCGAAUCAUUACCGGGCUGAGGCUCUAUUUGACUUCCAAGCUCAAUCCGAGCAAGAGCUUUCGUUUAUGGCUGGUGAAAGACUGAGGAUUGCGCCAAAAGAACAACAACCGAGAGUGAGAGGAUGGCUGCUUGGAAGCACAAGUGAUGGCUCAAAGAUCGGCCUCGUUCCAAUCAACUAUGUGAAAGUUGUCGGAAAGCAGAGCUCAUCUCCACCUCCUGUUGACGCAUUUGAGAAAUCUUUUCGACCACCAAGU